UCUCUGGUCUCUUCUCAACAGUUUUCUGUCACAGGCAGGAGGAAGGCUGCCCUCAAAGUUUCACAGCACAGAAAGCUCAUUUUAUUCUCUCAGCAGCAGCAGACGGAUCGUGUUUGACAUGUUCCGUCAUUUUCAGGCGUGAAAGUCUAAAAGUUAUAAACGCAUCAUGGGGUGAAUCUGACGUCUGAGGAGGAUGCUGACCGAGUGUCGUGACCAAACUCAUAGGUAACCAUGGUGAAGGAGAGUCUGCCCAGCUGGGUCCACCAGGACUCUGACGAGGGUCUGGUCCACGUGAACGUCGGCGGUCUGAAGAGGAGUCUCUGCUCCAGCACGCUGAAGAAAUUCCCCGACACCAGACUGGGAAAACUGCUGGCGUGUGAUUCAGAGGAGGACAUCCUGCAGGUGUGUGAUGACUACGACGUGCAGCAGAAGGAGUUUUAUUUCGAUAGGAACCCCGGCCUGUUUCCGUACGUGCUCCACUUCUACCAGACGGGCAAACUUCACAUCAUGGACGAGCUGUGUGUCUUCUCCUUCAGUCAGGAGAUCGAGUACUGGGGCAUCAACGAGUUCUUCCUGGACACUUGCUGCAGUUACCGUUACCACGACCGGAAGCUGGAGAGCAGCCGGCACCGCAGCUGGGACGACGAGAGCGACGUCAGCAGCAUCGACACGUCUGUAGACGAGAUAUCAGACCUGAACAGAGACAUGCUGCACUUCCAGGAGGUGCGUUACGGGAACGUCAGGAAGUGUCUGUGGCUGACGCUGGAGAACCCGGGAUACUCCAUCCCCAGCAAGCUCUUCAGUCUGGUCUCCAUCUGCGUGGUGCUCACCUCCAUCGCCACCAUGUGCAUCAACAGCAUCCCAGAGUAUCAGGUGUUUGACGACGAAGGGAAGCUGAUCGAGGACCCGACCAUGCAGGCCCUGGAGGUGUUCUGCACCUGCUGGUUCACCUUCGAGGUGGUGAUGCGGCUGCUGCUCGCACCGAACAGGAGGAAGUUCUUCCACCACCCUCUGAACAUCAUCGACAUGGUGUCUGUGGCUCCCAUCUACAUCACGCUGCUGUUCGACAUGACGAUGGGGUCAGAGUCUGAACUGGGAGAUCUGGGACGACUCAUACAGGUGUUCAGGUUGAUGAGGAUCUUCAGGGUUUUGAAGUUGGCCCGACACUCGACAGGACUGCGUUCUCUGGGAGCGACUCUUCGGCACAGUUACCGUGAGGUCGGCAUCCUGCUGCUCUACCUCGCUGUCGGAGUGUCCGUCUUCUCCGGGAUUGCUUACACCGCAGAGUACGAAGAGGACGUGGGUCUGGACACCAUCCCGGCCUGCUGGUGGUGGGGGACGGUGAGCAUGACCACAGUGGGCUACGGGGACGUGGUGCCCGUCACUGUGGCGGGGAAGCUGGCGGCCAGCGGCUGCAUCCUGGGCGGCACGCUGGUGGUGGCGCUGCCCAUCACCAUCAUCUUCAACAAGUUCUCCCACUUCUACCGGAGACAGAAAGCUCUGGAGGAGUCGGUGAGGAACAACCACCGCCGGAAGGUCAGGAUGAGCUGCGAGAACGAGCCGGAGGAGGACGAGGACGAGGAGGAAGAGGAGGAGGAGGAGGGAGGGUCGGACGGGGACAGCAGGUGUCUGGACGACGACGACACCGACGACAUCGAGGAGGACGAUAUUGAUUACGAGGACGAGGGUGGAGUGAUCAAUUACAGCUACGUGGAGCAUCCGUCCUACACGUCCAUACUGAAGAGGAAGGAGCUGCAUCAGCUGUGAGGACGAGCUGCACGAGCUUAAAGGGACAGUCAGGAGUUCUUGAAGUUCUGACCCACAGUCAGUGUGUUACUGCAGCAGAAGAUGAUCUG